AUGCAAAUGAUUACAAAUUACGAUAGUGAACCCUUCUAAUUGAUAAAUACGAAGAGACAAAUAUUUGGUGGAGAGUCGGAUGCUAAGAUGAGACAAAUUUAUGAAAGAAGUCCUUCAUUGGAGGAGAUAGAUGACAUGAUGGAUGAUUAAGACAAAAGUGCUAAGUACUGUUCGUAAAAUAGUAAUAGACCAUCGUCGUAUAAUUUGAGUAAGGCCAACAGUAAUUACAAGCAUCCAACUAUAAAUAUCAAAUAUAUCGUUGCAGAUAAAAGAGAAACUUAUAUUUUCAACAAUCUGAAUUUUGAUUAGAAAGAGCCAGGGUAUGACUUGAUAAAAAUUGAAUAGAUUUAGUCCAGUUUGGAAGAACGGAAGCUUGAAGAUUAUCAGAUUGGUUGCUAGAUUUUUAUAUUAGUUGAAAACUAAGGCAGAAACUCUGAAGUUAAAAUUAAUGAAUCAUCAUAUAUUCAAAUACAUAGAUGAUAAAGCAAGUGACUUUAAUGAAUUCAAAUCUGGAAAGACUAUAGAUGAUCAUUCCUUUAAAAAUAGAAUCUGUCGAAAUAUCAAGAAGACGCAUGCAGUGUUUUCUGCCAUUAAGACUAUUUUAGAAUAAUUAUUUAGUAGAAUAGGAGUUAUUUAUCCUGAGAGCACGUUCAAGAUUAUAUGGGAUUCUAUUGUGGUUUGUUUUAUAGUAAUCAAUAUAUUCUUCAUCCCAAUGUCUUUGAGUUUUGAGCUGGACAAAUCAAGCACUUUAGUUUGGUUGUUCUUUGAAACCAUUCCAAGUUACAUUUUCAUAGUUGAAAUACUCCUUAAUUUUAAUACUGCAUAUUAUAAUCAUGGGGUAAUUCACACAACCAGGAAAGAAAUAUUUCAUCAUUACGUUUCUGAAAAUUUCUGGUGGGAUUUGAUGAUAUCCAUACCUUAUGUACUAUCUUAAUUGGACAUCCCUUAUAUUUAAUUUGUAUUGUUAUUAAGAAUUACAAGAGUCAAGUCAAUGGUUUAAAAUGUGGAGGAUAUGUUAAAUGCUAAGGAAUCAGUUUAAGCAGCAGUGGAAUUAUCUAAACUCAUUUAUUUUAUUAUAUUCGUUGCACAUAUGUGUAGUUGUGCUUGGCAUCUAUUGGGUAAAAUAGAAGUUGAUGUCUAUGGAGAUACUAAUUCAUGGUUGAUUCAUUAUGGUUAUUAUGAUGAGCCUUGGCACACUCGAUAUAUAGUAAGUAUCUAUUGGAGUGUGAUAACAACAUUAACAGUUGGUUAUGGUGAUAUUGUUCCUUAGACUUCCAUUGAAUAAUUAUUUGUAGUUAUUAUUGCUAUGAUUAUUUGUGGUGUGUUCGGAUAUUCUAUAUCAACUAUUGGAGAGAUUCUUAAGAAUUUGGAAGAGAAGAAAGGCCAAUUCAAGUAACUCAUGAAGGAAGUGAACUCAUACAUUAAAGAGAAAGAACUCAAUUUAUAGUUAUCCUUAAAAGUUAGAAAAUACUUUGAAUUCUACUAUCAAACCUAACAAUCUCAAAAACGUUCCUAUCAAACUUUACUUAAUAAUCUGAAUGAAUAAUUAAAAUAAGAGAUUAUGAUAGAUCUAUAUAAAAAGAUUCUCAUUCAAUCCAAGUUUAUCAAUGAUACUUUUAAUGAAACUUUGAUUAAUCAGCUAUGUUAGAAGGUUCAGUAAGAAAACUUUGGUCCUGGAGAUGAAAUAAUUGAUCUUAAGAAUAAAAGUGAAAAAAAGUUGAUUUUCGUAUUGAAUGGACAAGUGGAUAGUUAUUUUCAUAUCUAAAGAACUCAGAAGGAAACAUCACAUUCUGUCAAUCAAGGCAAAUUCUCACGCACUUAUAAAAAAGGUGACAUCAUAGGUGAAUUUGAAUUCAUCACUAAUAAUGAUUAUUCUGUGUAAUACAAGGCUAUUAAGUUUACUCAAGUUGCCUUCAUUAGUAGAUAAGAUUUACUAGAAAUCAUCACCUAAGAUAAAGAGCAUCUGUAUAAGUUCUAAACACUCAUUGAUUCUCUAACCUACUCUUAGAAAUUAGGAAGAACUUGUGAAAUUUGUAAAUGGACUCACUUAUAUUAGAAGUAAUUAUAAAAUGUUUUAUUUUAUUUAAAUUUAGUUGUCCAUUUACAUUCUAUUAGCCAAACAUUUGGAAGAUAGUUCGACAAGCUUCUGCUUCUGUUAAUAUCAAGCGCAUCUCUUUUGAACGUAAGUCUCGUCAAAGAUACAAAACAAUCACAAAUUCUCAGAUGACAAUAGCUACAAUUCUCGACUUUAUGAUAGUUCAUAAUUUCAUCUAAGAAGAGUAAACUAAUUACAUUAAUUUAAGUUUAUUGUGUAGUAAAACAUUAAAAAGAUUAGGAUUCAAUAGUAACCUUAAAAUUAGUUAGAGAGAGAUACACGAAAUUAGUUCAGAGUCCUCUUAAUCUUCAAGUAGUAAGGAAUCACAAGUUUUGCGUCAUGAAAACCAUAAAAAUGGAUAAAUCAAAAACAAAAGAACCUCUUUAUAAUCUUAAAAUGAUAAAAAUGAUAAAUUUGAAAAACUUAGAACUAAUCUAAAUAUGAAGGAAAGCGUUCACAAUAAUUUAUUAAUGCCAAUCUUAUAAAAGAUGAAUUCUAUUGGCUAAUUACCACUUGAUGAUCCCAAUAAUUAAAGCUCUACUCCAAAUGCUAAAGUGUUUCCUUAAUUUUACAAGAAAAAACCAUCUAUUUCAACUAUAAAACCUAUGUUAAAGAUCGAUCAAGCUAAUGAAGCUGACAAUAAUGAAGAUACAUUGAAGAUAUUCUCAUUUAAAAAAGGGUCUGAAAAUUUUGAUGAUAUGGAUCUAAUGAUGUAAGAAGAUAAUGAUUUUUAUCCUGAGUUUAAUGUCUUCAAAGUAAUAGAUACCUAUAAUAAGUGCAGAAUAAGAAAUUUGAGUUUUAGAAAAAAAAGAUAAUUUCAUGAAAAACUUAAAUCUAUAAGAUUGUAAAAACAAUUUAAUUUAAAAAUACUGACACCUCAUUCAUCAUAGCAAAUUAUUUGA